CUUUUACAUCCACGUCUACAAGAUGUCUUCUGCCCAGGGAUUUAUCACGUCUAUCCAGCCUGGUCGCUUCACCGCUACAUUCAACAUCGAUGAUAGUGUGUACGUCUUUUCAGGCAACGUCAAUCCGCCAACUCAGCCCUUCCAAAGUAACUCUGCGACCCUGGAGUACAACUCUGUUGAGAGCCUUGGAGGGUUUCAGCAGUUCAACGGAAUAAUCGGAAGCGGCAACGAGGUCUCAUUCACGUUCAGCGAUGGCACCGCGAUCAAGGGACCUCUUGAUAUUCCGGUCAACCCUGCUUCUCAAGUUAGUGGUACGGGAUCUUGGUCUCUGAGUUAG